AUGGAGUCUGAGUACGGAUACGACCCACAAUUGGUCAUCGAGCCAGCAUAUUACUCUGGUGGUGUUCCAGUGUUUGAGCCGACCAUGAAACAAUUUGAAGAUUUCUAUAAGUUUAACAAAGCAAUCAAUCGAUAUGGGAUGGAGUCAGGGAUUGUCAAAGUGGUACCUCCUAGAGAAUGGCAGAAUGCAGUGAAGAAAGGGUAUAAUGUGAAUAAUUUAUCUCGUAUUCAUAUUAAGAAUCCAAUUCUUCAACAAAUUAAUCAUAUUGGAUCUGGGGUAUUCUCUCAACAGAAUAUUGAAAGGCCACGUAAAUAUGACAUAUUUCAAUGGAAGGAAUUAGCAGAGAAGGCUAAUAAUAAACCACCAUCCAUAAGGAAGAAGAGUGAAGAUGCUCCUAGCAAUUCCGAUAAGAAUGAGAAAUCAAAACCAUCACAAUCCCCACCUAGAAGACAUCAUCAUCACUAUAAUUCAACGUAUAAUAUAGAUACAUCUGAAUUCACAGAAGAAAGAUGUGAAGAGUUGGAAAAGAAUUAUUGGAGAACUUUAACUUAUGCUGAACCUAUGUAUGGUGCUGAUAUGUUGGGUUCUAUAUUUGAAGAUUCUAUCAAAAGUUGGAAUGUCAAUAGUUUACCUAAUAUAUUAGAUUUAAUGGAUGUGAAAUUACCCGGGGUAAAUGAUGCUUAUCUAUAUGCUGGAUUGUGGAAAGCUACAUUUGCCUGGCAUUUGGAAGAUCAAGAUUUAUAUUCCAUCAAUUAUCUUCAUUUUGGUGCUCCUAAACAAUGGUAUUCAAUACCUCAAUCAGAACGAGAAAGAUUCUUCGAUAUUAUGCAAGACACAUUUCAUGAUGAAUAUAAGAAUUGUCCUGAAUUCCUUAGACAUAAGACAUUCCUAGUAUCUCCCGCAUUCCUUGCCAAACAUGGUAUUACUGUAAAUAAAAUAGUUCAUAAUGAAGGUGAAUUCAUGAUAACUUAUCCCUAUGGAUAUCAUGCUGGUUUCAAUUAUGGUUAUAAUCUAGCUGAAUCAGUUAAUUUUGCCUUAGAUGAUUGGUUCCCCAUCGGGAAAGCAUCUCAGAAGUGUGAAUGUAUAAGUGAUGCUGUGGCCAUAAAUAUUGAACAAAUUGUCUGCAAAUUUAAAGGAAUUCCAUAUGUUCCACCUGAUUCUGAUUCCGAUACGGAACAAACUGAAGACCAAAAAGGUGCCUCAAAACAACAGCCCAUUAUAAAAAGGGUCAAGAAGACCCCUAAACAAUCUAAUUCUCAGUCAUCACUCAAGACGGAAAGGGAAUGUUAUUUGUGUCCUAAUAACUUUUCUAACAAUCCUAUGAUGAAGGCAGAUCCAUUAUUUCAUUUAAUUGAUACUGAUUUGACAAUUAAAGGUAAUAAAGCUCAAGUACAUAAAAUAUGUGCCAAUAUGUUUAAAAACGAGUUAACAUAUGAUCCCGAAAAUGAAAGUAUAGCUGGCUUAUCACUCAUUUCCAAAGAUCAAAAGAAGCUACCAUGUAAAUUAUGUUUGAGAACAUUCGAGGGAGCCUGUUUUCAAUGCAGUUAUUCUAAAUGUACGCGUGCUUACCAUGGUACUUGUGGGGUUGCUGAUGGAGUGGUAUAUAACUUGGAAGAUGGAGGUAAAGUAUUAUGUAAAUACCAUCGUUCUAAGAAGAUGUCUAAUAAUAGAUUCCAAAAAUUAUCCUCCAUACAAGGAAUAAGUUCAUUUAUUCAAUUUGUGUUUAAUGGUAGGUAUUAUUUUGGUAAAGUUUUAAGAAAUAAUCAAAAUGAACAUUCAUUUCAUGUAUUGGUUUAUCCUGACUUACAUGAAGUUUUCGAAAUUUCUUAUGAUAAUGUUUUGAUUGGAAGUAAUGCUGAACAAUUGGAUAAUUCAAUAUUUAUAGAUACGUUUAAAUCGAAUUAUUUGAAUAUUAAAGCUGAUAAUAUUCAUAGCAGUAAUGAUAAUAUUAUUGAGAUAAGUGAUGAGGAGAGUCAAGAGAAGUAUAAUCAAAUGUCAAAUUUAAGUCUGGCUAUUACGGAACAUAAGAAUUACAUUCUGAUUCCAAGUUCUCCUCAAUCAGAACUCGCUUCAUCUCCUCGAAUCUUUACCAAACAGGCAGUAAAGAAAGAUGCAUUUAAGGAUGAAGUUAUAAUCAUCAGUGAUGGUACAACUCAAGCGGAAAAUAUCGCUAGUGACGAAUUAGACACACAUACUGCUGGGGAAGUUGUAUCCCCAAAGACAAGGUCGGGAAGGGUUUAUACUAAAUAA